ACGUGACGCAGGGAACAGGAAUGCCAACAUGGACCCGUGGCGAGGACGGGAUGUGAGCGCGCGGCGACAAUAACACGACGGAGACUAGGAGAAAACACGAAGCACCGACAAACGUCGACGGCGCGGCGACCCUCCGCCGAGCCCCCGCCUGGAAACACACGGUUUUUGUGAUUCUUCCUGUGAGUGGUUUUCCCUGCAGCCCCCUCACCCCUCAGCGUUCGGUCUGGACCCAUGGUGUCCCUCAGCAGCAGAACCCUGGACACGGAGCUGUUCCGGGACAGCGGCCUGUUCUCGGUCUGCCUGGAGGUCGGCUCUAGCAGCAAAGGUGGCAGCUUGGCCUCCUGCAGCAGCCCGGGGCUGGAGGAGCAGGGGGCAUGCAGCCUCAGCCCCGGAGAGGCCGAAGAAGAGGAAGAUGAAGACGAUGGCGGGGAUCUGCAGAUUCUUCUCAGCGAGGACCCAGAAAUGGGACCUGCCUUUCUGGAGCCCAAGCUGCCAGAAUUUGAUUUUUCUCCCUCUUCUCCGUUUUCCCCCACCCUGGAGGACAUUGAGGAGUUCUUAAAAGAGAAGAUGGAGGUGGUGAAGGAGGUGAAGGAGGAGCUGGAGGCGUCCUUUCUUCCGUGCAGCGUCAUGGACUCUCCAUCRGCCUGCCCACCUCCAGAUGUUCCCUCAGAGUCUCACAGUGACCUGGGCACCAGCAGCAGCUUUUGUUCUUCCAGCCCAGAAACCCCUGAAACAGAAAAACUCAGUCCCAUAGGAGCAGAGGCUCCGCCCUCUGCCCAGACUAACCCUUCACCUCCUGCUUUGACGCCACCAGUUCUCCUCGGAGCUCCGGUGGUCCUGCUGCAGCCGUUACCUCAGGCUCCAGCAGGCUCUCCCUCUGGGGCCCAGAGUGGCAUUUGGCUCACUCAACUUUUCAUGGGACUCCACGGUGCUACAGCCCCAAAAUUUACCCUGCUGGCCCCCCAGGUGUCCUCUGCGCCCACCACCACCACUCUGGUGUCGCUCAGCAAUGGCGACAUCAAAUUAUCUGAUCAGAAGUACGUGAAGAUUGCCCCGCUGCCCAUCACCACCAGAACUCUGGAGAUCAUGCCCGUGACAGGAAACGGGGGCCAGGGCAGCACGCUCAUAAAAGCUGCGGCCCCCCGAGUCACCAGAGUACCACCGACGGAACGAGUCCACAAGUGUUCCCACCCCGGCUGCGGCAAGAUGUACACCAAAAGCAGCCACCUGAAAGCGCACUUCCGCCGCCACACAGGAGAAAAACCAUACACCUGCAGCUGGCCCGAGUGUGGCUGGAGGUUCUCCCGGUCUGAUGAGCUGUCACGCCACCGGCGCUCUCACUCAGGCAUCAAGCCGUACCAGUGCACGCUGUGCGACAAAAAGUUUGCCCGCAGCGACCAUCUGUCCAAACACACGAAGGUCCAUCGCAGCUCCAGGCCCAGCAGGAUCCUCAGAGCCACCGUGUGACCCUGAACACAGGAGGGUGCCGGUGAUCCUCAGGACUUUAGGGUGCUCAGAUUCAGGAGAGGUGGCUGGUUUCCCCCCGUCAUUUCCUUCCUGUCUCUUCCUCCCCUGCUGUUCUCCUUCGAGUGACCCAUCUGAGGAACUCGCCUUAUAUUGAGCAAUCAGCCACCUCAGGAAAAAACUAAGUUGAAAGUCGACUUCCUGGCACAGAACAGGAGCCGGUCUCACUGAGACCCCCUCUUCCAGCCAUUGCUUGCACUUCUGCUCCUGCAGCUGCCAGCUGCUGAGGGACGGGGGACAGUAACCGACACUGGGAACAUCUGCGGUUGUAUUGUUUCUUAUCUACGCCUGCCAAUCCCUCUUCCUCAAAGCCAAAUGUCAGGUUCACACGCACAAGAAGCGUUCAGAAGUUGUUCUCCGACGUGUCCCAUUCGUGUCAUGAGUUCUGAUCACAAGGCUCGGGCUGACAGGGUCCACGUGAUGCUGAGACGGCUGUCUCUCUCUCUCUCUUGGAGAAAAUUAUGAAUAGUGAAGAAACAGAUGACAUUUUAAGAGUUGCCCGUGCAUUUUAGAGACAAUCUAGUCUAAUGAAGCUAAAUCUGAGCAGCAUUUCCAAGCUGAUGUUUUAUACAUCCAAUGCUGGCCUUUCAGUCUUUCAUCCACUCAUCAUCCAUUCUGUUGAACCUGUAUGCCUUUUCUCAGUCCUUUAAUCUCUUUAUUGCUGCCUUUGUCAUCAUCACUAACUUCCUUUAAUCCAAUGUAAGGGUUAUCAUGUGACUGUUUUUAUCUAUCUGUGAUUCAUGAAGGGGGGAGCAAACCAGAAGACCAGGUUCUGGCCCCAUGAGAGUUAAAAUAACACCCUCAGUGCAUGACAGUUUAUAAGCUUUUUAUUCUUUAGGAAAUAAUGUGUAGCCAACUUCUGUGGCCUACGACUUCUCUGUGUGGACACUUGGGCCCAACGGUGCUAAAGUGAAGUGAUACACUGCUCUUACUUUAUUACAGCAGUACUUACUGUUUAUUAUAGCAGUAAUUACUGUUUUAUAACAGCCGUACUUACUGUUUAUUACAGCAGUACUUACUGCUUUAUUCAGCAGUACUUACUGUUUAUUACAGCAGUACUUACUACUUUAUUACAACAGUACUUACUGUUUAUUACAGCAGUACUUACUACUUUAUUACAACAGUACUUACUGUUUAUUGCAGCAGUACUUACUACUUUAUUACAACAGUUCUUACUGUUUAUUACAGCAGUCCUUACUACUUUAUUACAACAGUACUUACUGUUUAUUGCAGCAGUACUUACUGCUUUAUUACAACAGUUCUUACUACUUUAUUACAACAGUACUUACUGCUCUAUUACUGAAGUACCUACUAUAAACAUUAUUCUGCUGGUUUUAUAACAGAAUUUUAGGACCUCGGAAAGAAAGAAAGAAUCAGGAGGAAAUUUCAAGAUAAAAAUCGAAACUAGAUCAGCAGAAUAUUGACAAAGAAUGUUAACAUUUAAAUGACAGAACAUACAGGAGAUCCUUGAAAUUUGAGGGGGCUAUGUUCUCAGAUCUCAAGUUUUAGAGAGCCAUAAAAUUUAGAUGUCAAAAAAAUAAUAAUCUGAAUUGUUUCUUAGUACUAGUGGUGUCCCAAUACCGGGUACGUGUACUCGAACAGACUGCCCAGAUACUCCAGACUGAUACCAGUACCAGUAACUGAUAUUGUUACUUCAUUCAGAGUUUUACAGUUUACUUUUCAAAUAACAAUAUUUUCAGUUCCAAGUUGAAUGAAUUUCUACAAGUUGAAAUAAAAUCUUAUUUGUUAUUUUUAUUUAUUUUAAAAUGUUACAACAGUAUAUAUCAUGUUGUAUAUUUGAUUUGAUCCAGUCAGCGAGGCUGUAGGCCUGUAAGGAAGAAGAGACACUUUGUUCUAAAUAAAGAAAUGUGUUUUUAAAGUCUAACUCAUUAGGUAAUCGGUAUCAGUGAGCACCCAAACUGAAAACUUUGUAUUUGUACUUGGUUUGAUUAAAAACUGGUAUCGGGACAUCCCUACUAAGUACAUUUACACAUCUAAGGAUUUUCUUUGGGGUCCUGGUGCUACACCAACAUGUUUAACAUCUGUUAGCUCUUAAUCACAAUUUCACUUUGUGUUACGAAUAAUUUCAAAAGUAACUUUUUUUAACAUUGCAACUUUUUUGUGAAAAAGUGUAAAUAUUUCUGUCCUUUUUGGCAAUAAUAUUUCAACAUUUCAACUUGAAAAACUCAAUCUUCCUCCUCAUUAUUUCUGAGUUUGGUCCUAAUCCUCUGCUGUAGUUAUAGCAGCGAGAAAAGCUAGUAGUUUAAAUUAGCUGAACGGCAGCUAACAUCUAUUCAGUUGUGUAUUAAAAUACUCAGUAUAAUGUAUACUAAGUACAAAGGACAAAUAUAACAUGUACAGCUUGUUGCCUUUAUAUAGAUAGUUUUGUUUUUUAACCAGUGCAUUAAGCUAUUGAGUCAUGUUCCUGGAAGCUGUGGGUCUGGACUGUAGUCUGAGAUCUGGAUCCUCUGCCUGUCCACCAAACAUUAAGCUGAGUCUGCUGGUCUCAAGUGCACUUGUGUUUGAGAAAAGAAACUGUUCCACAAAAUGUAUCAGCACCAUCAAAUGCAAAAGUGAAAUAAAGUCAGUGCUGUGUGGUUCCUGGAAGGUUGAACUGUAGAUCUCAGAGCUUUGGUUCUUUCUGACCCGUCUGUAUCUGAGUCCGACCAGCACCAAGUGGUUUUAUUUUCAGCAGUUUAGCUUCUCUGGUGUUUCUGUGCAGCAGGAUCCUGCUGAAGGCAGACAGACGGGCCGACGUGUUGAUCCGUCUGAACUGGAGCUGUCUUUGUGUCUGAGCCUCCMCAGGCUGCUUCUACUGACCUACAUCAUCAUCAUACGCCUCUCUCUCUCACUCUUCCUUUUCUUUUAGAGCAAAUAGGAAAAUCUGUGUGUGAGAUAAAGAUUUGCACACACACAUUCACAUAUUUUUUUUUUAAAUUUUGUUUUGUCUUUUGAAUACCAGAAAUGCUAUUUUCCUAUCUGCAACAAAAUAAAAAUGCGUCUUUUUGCUCUGUUGUUA